UAGUAGCUGUGCAGCAGAGGGAUAAUGUGACUGUGCAUCAGGAGCCUCAGCAGUGCAUCUUCUCACCAACUGCAGCCACAGAGCAACCAUGGCAGCGCGCAUGCGCAGUGCAUCCAGGGGCUCGGCGGCGUUCGGUGCUGAAGUGGGGUGGAUGGUAGACAAACAGCGGCGAUGGACAUUACACCACAGGAUUCCCAUUUGCGAUGUCGUUAAAUAAGCAUCGGAACAUCGCGUUUUCACACCUAUCACCCUAGGACACUGACAACCCGGCCAAAGGGGAUGAUGUGUUUCUCAUUGCUCCCUGUGCCCUCAAAACCAUAAAUGACCCUUUCACCAAAUUCCAUGCAAGCCUAGGAGGCGACGUUGGUCAGGGAUGGUGAGACCAGUAACCUCUAUUCCCUGUGAUGAAACAAACCUCGUCGCCUUCCCUGCAUCUCCAGCAAGCCAAACAGCCAGUCCUUUAGCCAAACAGACACUCAGACCGUCCACCAGUCAGUCAUUCCUUCAACCAGCCUGCUUUCAUCCAGCAACCUAUUACCUCACACCAUGACUGUGCUGCCUGACCUGUUUUUAGGAACUCAUUAAUUCAUGCCCCGGAGUGUGAGUGGAGUGGAGAUGAGAAAAAGGCAGGCGGCACACAUCGAGGCCCCACCCCAGGCCCCUGGACAGCCCCGACCUAAUACCUGCUGCCUCUGCUGGUGUGGCUGCUGCAAGUGUCUCUGGAAUGAAGACAGGAUAGAGAGAAGUGAACGACAGACGUGUACCAAGAUGGACAGUAUUGAAGCUACAGAAGAACAACACCCCAGUCUAGAGGAGGUGUUGUCGUGGGCGCGGAGCUUUGAGAUGUUGCUGCGCUCUUUGGAGGGCCGGGAGAUCUUCCAAGAGUUCCUGCGCUCGGAGUACAGUGAGGACAACCUGCUUUUCUGGUUGGCCUGUGACGAGCUGAAAAAGGAGACUAGCCCAUCAGCAGUGGAUGAGAAGGCCAGAAUCAUAUACGAAGACUAUGUGUCCAUAUUGUCACCCAAAGAGGUGAGUCUGGACUCACGGGUCAGAGAGGGAAUAAACCAGAGCCUGGCGGAGCCCAGCAACCUGAUGUACGAGGAGGCCCAGCUCCAGAUCUACACCCUGAUGCACCGCGACUCCUUUCCCCGUUUCCUCAACUCCUCCGUUUACAGAGACCUCCUGGCCAGCAGGAGGCGCACCUGCCUCGAAACCUAGACCUCGCCAUCCUCAUCGCCAUCGUACACCAAGAAGACUUCUACUUAAACUUCAAAUACUACUAUGGUGCCAGAAGUCGGGUUUGGAAAAUCUCUCCCUCUUUUUUGAUUGAAAAGCCUGAAUGACAUCCAUGAUAGCUGGUUGAUUUUUUUUUUAAUUUAUUUAUAUUUUUUAAGCAAUUUAUAUCCAGUUCUCCACUGGAGUCAGGUUGGCCUUUGCCGUUUGGUUAUUGGUCAGUUUAAGACCAUUACUGCUGGCCAGUGAUUGUUUUGCUAGCAAUCUGUGCUGUUUGUUUUGGUUGACUGGCCGACCCACGUGUCAGCUGUUAGUUGGAAUGGCCAACCUGAUGGCCAGCUGCUGGUUAGCUGUGGACAAGGACUCCUCAGGCGGCUUGGCCAGAAAGAGAGAGAUGGGCAAAAAGGACAAGCCAGCUGUUUCUGUACUGUAAUAUCUAGACCUCAUGCUUUCUACACUCACUUUGAUAUCCCCUGUCUUUACUAGUCCAUUCAUAUUAUUAUGUUUUUCUAAGUCUGUUCCAUUCCUCUGAUGUAUUUAUUUUGUUUGGUUUUUAAUUUCUUUACUGUCCAGACAUGACACCUAGCUGUUGGUGGGAGUUGGGGGCGUCUCUGCCCAUUUAACCAGUAGAAGCACUGGCUCUGCAUAUAACUCUCUCUCUCUCUCAGUAGCUUGACAAUGCAAGCCGCGGACUGCAACUGUUUUUGAGUAUUGAGGGGACCUGUCUCUCUCUGUCUGGCUGUGUAUGUUCAGUGAAUGGAAAACAUACACUUCUGUCAGUUUUUAGAUUAUUGCAGUUUUCUUUUCUUUUUUUUUAUUUAAGAGAUUUGAUGGCAUCUGCAGCAAAGGCAGCAGUGCCCAUCCAUCCAUCCACCUGUCCGUCCAUCUGAGCACAUUCCUUCUUUAGGUUUCUUUAACUGGGAGAAGUAAGGGCUAGAAUUGUGGUUGGGCAGCUACAUAUAUUAUUAUUACACAUGAACUUUAAACUAAAAUGUGUCCACUGAGGAAUUCACAAUGCCUUUACAAUAAAGACAAGGCAGCACAAGCGCUGCAGGCAUUUUUCUGGAAGGCAACCACAGUUUGUCCAGUGAUCCCUGCCCUCCCAUGCUUUUCCCUCUCUCCCUCCUCCCUUCAGCUCAGUCCAUCACAGCUUGAUAAGUAAAGGUGCCCACUGAGGGGGGGAAAACACUGCUGGAGAAAAUAACAUUAAGUCUAGGUUUGACCUUUUAGUGUUUUACCAUGAGUUGAGCAUUAUGGAAAGCUGGCUCUCCCUGGUAACAUAAGCGGAUGCAGCAGGCACUGAUGUAAUUCAAAGGGUUGUUGAGCCCUGGCCUUUGUCUGUAAGGCUUUAGCUUUAGAUGCUGUAAGUAACAUGACCGUCCCUUGAGUUGGACAUUCAGUAUCACACCACACUUACGUGAACCAGGUGCCAAAAACGAUGUCAAAGAUGCUGUGAAGAGACAUUAGUUGUGAUUUGGUACCAGGCUAUAGACUCUCAGUCAUAUCGGUGCAUGUCUGUUUCUCCAGCAGACGAGGCCGGGAGAGUGUAUGGUAGACCUUCAGUUUGCUAAUGCCCUUUCCAGACACUGGCAUAUAUUUUUAACAGAGCUAGUGAAGAGGGUCGGUAUAACAAUGCUGACAUGCUGUCAUAGAGAGCUACUGAAGAAGUUUGUGUAGUCAUGCGACAUGCUAGCCUUUUCAACAAGGCUAAGAGGUUUCAGCAUGUUGCAGACAAGCAGUUAGCCUGCUUGUGCUAGCCAUGCUAAUCGUCCAUUCCACUGCCAGCCCCUGCACACUGGUUUGUUUUUCUAAUCUGACUUUGACAGCAUGCAGUGAUACUGGUUAUGUGUGUGUGUGUGUGUGUGUGUGUAUGUGUGUGUGUGUGGUGCAGUUGCACACAUAUCAGAAAAAUAUAGUGAAAAAAAUUUAAGGGGGUCUUGCCAAAUGUCCCAUUAAUAUUUUGAGUAUAUAAAAGGACAGUUUGUUUUAUGACGAUGUGAACAUUUGAACAUGAACUUUGAUCCUGGCCUGUGGACAUGCAGUAAAAGGUGCAUGAAUGCAGUAUAUGCUAUUUUUUAAUUAACUGGGUCUCCAGGUGUGUUCAUCAUGUGACAUGAUGGAUAGCUGACGUCUCCGUACGGUUGUUAGCGCACUCUUAAAGUGUCAAUGAAACAGUGCCACUUCUCACUGAUAAAUGUAGACAUCCAUGUUGCCACCUCCUCUAACUACCUGAUGUUCAUGUGCCAAGUUAGGUUGAGAUCAAAUUUAAGAGCUGAAGAUGCAGGAAAUCUAGAGGACUACUGAAGUGCAAUUGGUUGUAGUUAGUGGUAGUAGGAUUGAAGCUGUGUCCCCCUAAGAUAGUCAGAAGGUUACUAACCACAGUACCUGUCAGGAUGCUCAAAAUGUUUUAACCCCACUGUUGGAUUAUUCAAGAAACUGACUGCCUCUAGUUAGCUUUUGCAAGUUUUACUAAAGGAACUCAAUAAGGAAACUGCUUGUCUUCUAAACAGAUGCAGGUGGUUUGCUAGAGGCUAGAGCCUAUGGAACUGUGGGAUUUUGAAUUUUCUACCAGACUUACUUGGAGUAGCUAGAUGAAACUGCCAGUUCAUGCUCUACAAAAGCUUUCUGUUGUGAAAUAUUGGUUAUAAAUCAGUGAAACUGACACUGUAAUGUGAAAAAAAGCCAGUCUGAACCAGUAGUCACCCAAAAGUUUUGCAAUGUUUCUUAUUGAAAAUAUGCGAUAUUUAACCUUUGGCAAUACGUAUAUUACUCACAUGCAGACUACAUUAAUAUCCAUAAGGGCUUGAUCGAUAUUGCUUAGCCGCUUCAAUGAAGAACUGUGUAUGCAUGUGUCCACUUGAUCAGAAGUAGAGGAAUAUAGAGAAGUGAACCAAUUCAGAUACUAAAGGAUCAGUUGUGUUGUAUUUGGACAACUCUGUAGCUUUUUGACUUUGUAGAAGAAUGCCUGUCACUCAUAAAGCUCUCCUUAAGACAGAUUUCUCUUCUGCACAGUACAGCUAUGUUUCCUUGUUGUUGAGUCUGUGUUGUAAUUAAUACAAGAAUGUUUCACCAAGAACCAGAUAAGGAAAUCAUGGUGCAACUAAAGCAAGUUUACAUUUAUAAAUUGUAAGAUGUGCGUACCUUGCUAAGUACUUGUAACACCGGGGAGCUUGCUGUCCCUGGUGUGAGCGGAGAAGCUGAUAGGUUUAAGGCUGGCAUGAGUGUGCCCAGUGCUAAUGGACAGUUAAGAGUUAAAGACUGGGAGUGUUUUACAGGAAGGACAGGUGCGGCAGAAACCCAGGUUUUCUGCUGAUGUCCUUUUAAUUUAUUGUGACAUUUACAGUGAGGAGAAGUACACAGUUGUUGAUGUUUAAUAAGUGCAUUUCAAAUAUGGAUUUUACAAGCAAUGAUGAUGAUGUGAAGUGACCUAGUGUCAUCGCUGAGUUUAGAUUGUUGCCAUUAAAUUUCCAUGGGUUCCAAGUGAGGGGUUUUUUUAAAACGUAGCUCUAGUUUAAUUGAUUUUUUUUAAAAAGGAAAUUGAGAGCUGAAGCGCCCUGAUGGGACGGAGGAGGUUAAUGAAGCUUUGGCCUUACUGACACAUUUUAUUUUUUUCCUUUGUGUAUAUAUAUAUAUAUAUAUAUAUAAAAAAGACAACAAACAUCUCUGUAGACUUUUCACUACCUCUCAUGUUGGUUAAUUUAUUUCACAUCUAGUUGUCGAUGUACAAGUUGUUUUUAGAUCUACUUGAAGCCUAACACUGUAAACAAAAAUGUGCACAGAGAAAUGACAAUGUAUACGAGCAGAAAGGUUAAAGAGAACUUGGCCUAGUCGACAUAAUUUUUUGUUUGUAUGUAUUUGUUUUUAUUAUGUUACGAUGAAAUAGAUUUUGCAUCUCUAUAAAGAAUUCAGGAAUCCACUGUUUAAGGGCUAAUCCCAUUUUUGCCUAUGCAAAUCUGUUACUGUGGGUGAGUCGGAGAAAGGGCGAGCUCUCGUACCUGUUUUAGACGGACCAUGGUUUACAUUGACUUUUGCUGAUAUUCGUCAGUUUUUAUCAGCAAAAAUGUAUGCUUAUUUUUGUUUAUAUACACACACACACACACAUACACACACACUAUGAGUCAAACAUUAGGACACACUUUCCCAUUAAAUUGAAUGGGAAAGUGUGUCCUGAUGUUUGACUGAUAGUGUAUUAUAUAUAAAUCAAACAAUAUACAGAGAAAAUAGUAUAUGCCUUUGUGAUGAUAAAAAGAAAACUUGUUGAAAACAAAUAAAUGUGUUGUCUGACAUUAUGUGGCUGUCUGCUAGAUUUUGGUAAGACCGUAAAGAUGACUGGAAUUCAACUCACAGUUAAACGACCGCUUGACCGUCAGGAAGAACAUUACUCAGGCUACGACGCUAGUAGCUGACCCUGUGCAGUAUUUCAUAACUGAAGGGCAAAAUGUAUUUAUUCGAGGAGCAACCAUAUCAUGACUUUAUGUGACAAAUAUUGUUAUGCAGCCUUUGAUAAACAAGGUGUUCAGGUCACCCAGACCUUGUCUAUAUCAUUUGGGUCAUUUUUAAAGCAAGAACGUUUUUCUAAACAAAGGCCACAGGUAACAGUGAACAGAUAGAGAAAGCCCAGGUAGAGAAGCAACUAGGAGUCACAAUAGUUCCAAGUAAGGUUUGUUUUACCACAGUCUCACUCUGAAGGGUUGGGUCGGCACAAACCCGGAAACGAACGUCUGCCUUUGAGAUGAGCACUGUCAAUACGUAAAUUACAUUUUAAAACCAGUAAUUCAUUCAUAAAAUUACAAACUAAAUCCACUUGCCAUGAAAUAAUUAACAUUCUGAUGUGAUUAUCAUUUUGUUGUUUGUUUGUCGGCGGACGCUGCACAGUGGUUAGAAUCUGUAAUUAAAAGUGUCAUCGGCAACUUUUCUAUUCUUCAGUGUCUUGUUCUUUUUGUAGCCACAUCCAGAGUCAGACUAUCACUGUGUGAAUACAGUAGCGUUGAAGUGGAGCACAUCAGCAGAUUUUUUUUUUUUAAUACUCCACUAAUGCAAGAUGUAGAAAAGUCUCUAAGUUUCUCACAAGACCGUUCGCUCAGCUCAUUUGAGUAGAGUUUUCAUUUAUGUCUUAUAAUUCCUUCUUUUUUUUUUAUUCUUCACUUGUACAGAAAAUUUUGCUCCUGAACCAAAAUGGAAAUGAGAAAAGGAGAGUUGAUGUUGUAGAGAUUUUUCCCACAAUUCCUCACAGUGCGUCUUAGCUGAAGAAAGACAGGUUUAUCGACCGAUGUUGUCCUGAAACUCUACUUGCUUUGUGCGCUCCCUUAGUUGGAUUUGGUGCCUCUUUAUGCCUGACAACAGACCUCAAGAUCUCUCUCUCUCUCUCUCUCUCUCUUUCGGGCUCUCACUUCCUCUCUCUGUAACGUCACACAUGCAACACUGUUAACAGCAGUUAGAGCGGAGACAGUCCUGUUUUAAAGCAAAAAUCACACCGAUGCUUGUUCCACCUACAUGAAUACCGACACCCUCAUGCCAUCUCUUUCAUGCCUCUUCUGGAGGUGUUUGUGCUACUUUAGGAAAGAGAUUACGUUUGUGAAGGUACUGGUUGAAGUUGGAUUUCAGCAGUUUUAGGCAAUCACUUUUCUCUUUAUUGAUUUAGAUGCCUAAGCCUCUUGGUUUUUGUCAUGCCUUUGUAGAUAGAUCACAGUCAAGAGAUGAUCCACAAGGUGAAGAUAAAAAGAACUUUACUGUCACUUUAGGCGACUAAAAAGUGACUUUUUUGUAUUCAGCAUGCUUUUUGCUAAACAAAUGAAAUAAUUCAGUUAUUUGCUAUAAACAAUACUGUAUGAGUAUGUACUCAAGUACUGCAGUAUGCAGACAAUUAAAAAUAUCAAACUCUUUUACGAGGUUCAUAUUUUUCUUCUAGAUUGUUUCACUAAUAUUGA